AUGGAUAAGAGCUGUAACUCAUCCGGCGAUUCAUCCGCCGUAUCCGCCUCCGCGACGAGUAGUACCGGUAACAAUACAGGGAACAGAGAUCAUUACCUGAGACAACUCAAUAAGCUCUCUCAUAAGAUAUCGAAACCGGCAGCAAACUCCUCCUCUUCCACCGUGAACCGUGAAAUUGAUCACCAAUCGCUUCCUCCUCCGCCUUCUGCGAUUAAUCAGGGGAAUCUCCACCAGCAUCAGCCUCCAGUUUACAAUAUCAACAAGAACGAUUUUAGGGAUGUUGUUCAGAAACUCACCGGCUCGCCUGCGCAUGAACGGAUCUCUGCUCCGCCGCAGCAGCCGGUUCACCACCCUAGGCCUCAACAGAGUUCGCGUCUACACAGGAUCCGUCCUCCUCCGUUGGCUCACGUUAUCAAUCGCCCUCCUGGUUUGCUAAAUGACGCUCUUAUCCCUCCAGGUGCUCAGCAUAUGAACCCUAAUCAUCAUAACUGGUCCGGCGGAUUUGUCCCCCGACCGACGGCGCCGCUUUCUCCUCUCCCACCAUUUCCUCCAGUUCACGCGGCGGCGGAAUCUCCGGUCUCUUCCUACAUGCGGUACCUUCAGAACUCGAUGUUCGCAAUCGAUUCGAAUCGGAAAGAGUUCUCUGGUUUAUCGCCGUUAGCGCCUUUGGUCUCACCACGCUGGUACCAACAACAACAGGAAAACGCUCCGCCGCCGCAAAAUAACAGUCGCCCUCCACAUCCUCCUCCUCCCGCGGCUCCGGGAACAGUCUCGCAGGCGGCGCCGACAUCGAUUCCGGCGCCACAAUCGUUCGGAUGUUUAAAUUCGCCCAAAUCACCAUACGGAUUACUCUCACCGAGCAUACUCUUAUCGCCAACACCAGGUCAAUUAGGGUUUCCGUCAUCUCCGACUACUGUGCCGCUUCCUAGCCCCAAGUUCAAAGGUCAUUGA